AUGGCUUCCACCUCUCUUCCGACGCCAGCAGAAAUCCUGCAAAAGGUACCUACAUCAGCCUCUUUGCGUGACAUCUUAAACCUCCCUAACAGCUCCAAAGUUCUACGCCGCCGAGACAGUCUACAUGGCCUCUGCACCAUCUGAACGAGACUUCGCCGGCAUGGCCAGCACACUUGCCCCGGACCUUGAACUUCACCAAUCCCCCGAUCUACCCUGGGGAGGCGAAUUCAAGGGCCACUCCGGAUUUCUGAAAUGGAGCGAAACGAUGGCAUCAUACUUCAACCGUCUCGAAGUCACCGAUCCCCAGAUAUUUGAGCAGAAAGACAGCGAUGCCGUCUUAGUCUAUUCGACUUUGAAGUUGCGGGUGAAGAAGAAUGGGAAGGAAUGGGCACGGCCCCUGGCGCAGUUUGUGAGAGUCGACCGAGUGCGGGGAGUGAUCACGGAGAUCCGGCCUUUCUAUUGGGAUGUCAAAGGUCUGAAAGAGGCGCUUGAAGUAUCAGAUUAG